AUGGCUGCUCAAUUACAAGAUUAUCUUUUUGGCAUUGCUGUUGCUGUCUCGAUGGGGACUGUGAUUUGCCAUCCUUCAACUGAUAUCGCAGCACAAUGUACAGCAUGCUUACCAAAAUCACUGAACAGGAAACGAGGUAGGCUAGAGGGAAUUUGGAGAUUUCCAAUCACUAACAGUCAGUCAGAUGAUAGCGUGUAUAAGCUUGCUGAUAAAAGAAGUUCACUAGAGCAACUUAAUUUAGUUGAGAUAAAGCACGAAGAUUUUACAACAAGCAACAAUAUUACCAAAGAUAACUAUGACAACAACGUCAUAGAGUAA